AUGCGCACCUUCAUGCAAAAGUGCACAUUAUCAGCGAAAUGCAGACCUGAAAGCGAAUCAAAACAACCCGACCCCUUGCCUCAGUAUCUGAAUGACGUUUACAGCAAAAGUGAUCCAUUUUUCAAGUGCGUCUUUGGACAAAAACCAAAGCCUUCUAAAUGGGAUAUCAAUAUGCAGAUGUUCUUGUUUGCAAUCGAUGCGUUGUGUUCACGGAGCACAAAGAGAGAGUUCGCCAUACGUUCAGUGGCAGGUUGCUCCGACAACCAGCUCAGAAAGCUCAAACCUGGCCCCCUUCUGAGAGCUAUCCCAGAUAUUGUGCCAACCAACGUCUCUGAAAGCGCCAAAUUGUUGAUCGAAGUAAAGACAGAUGACACUCUUCCGAGAGCAAUCCAAGAUCUUGUGCCAGCAAAUGACUCUGAAAGCGGCGAACUGUUGAUUGAAACGAAGUCACCUGCCGCUCUUCUGAUAGGUAUCCAAGAUAUCGUACCAUCCAACAACUCUGAAAGUGGGGACUCGGGUAUCUCUUGGAUUGAAGAAGAAAAUGCACCUGAAGUGGCAGUGGAUCUUUCGCCGGAAGAAACCAUGCACAAGGAAGACAAACUCGUUGUGGAAAUCUUUUGCAAGAGACUCGCAAUGGACAAGAAUGAUAGGAGUUCUAUAAUAAAUGAGCUCUGCCAUCUUAUCACCAGUAAGACUUUGGAGGAAUCAAAGACAUCACAAGAACAAAUCUCAAAACUCAGUUUCAAAAAUACGAAGAAUCGAGUGAUUGAAAAGCAUUACGCCCUCUUAUCUCAGCCAGCAAAAGACUUCACUGCCUUGACGCAGUCGGCCAAGAAUAAGAAAGCCAAUCACAUGAAGAAUAUUGUUGCUUGCUUGGUGGGUUCAGAUAUUGCCCAACAACAAGCAUUGCUGAAGUUGGUUUAUAGAAAGUUCGAGGACCUUAUACUUUUGCACAAGGAAGACUUUAAGUGGACCGAAGCACAGCUAGCACUACUGUUAUCCAUUGUGGACAGUGCCAAUAUUUUGUAA